GUUUAGCAGUGUGACCCUGCUUUUUGGGUGAUUGAAUUUACAUUUGUUGGCUGGCAAAUAAACAAUUUUGCAAAAUUAAAAAAACAAUCGCUUGCAGUUUGAAUGCAAAUGGACAAGUUAAAUUUAACAUUAACGGCGGUUAAGAAUCUGCGCUCCAAUGUGAGACAGUGCUUCGAACACUUGGCCGAUGGCACCGACGGCGAGGGCGUCGAAGAGAGUCGAAAUAAGUUUGUGCACGAUUUUCAAGACAGAUUCGGUGCCAUUAACUCCCAACUGCGAGAAGUGGAGCAGCUGAUAAAUGGACUGCAGGUGCCACCGACAGCCUAUCAUUUGGGCAACACGACAUUUUUGGCCCAGGAAACAUCUCAGGAUCGACAGGCAUUGUAUCCGCAGCUGGUGAAUAGCUACAAGUGGAUUGAUAAAGUGCACGAUCACAGCUUUCUCGCCUUCAACAACCUCAAUCAAAACACUCUGCGACGCUCCUACAACUACUGUUCACAAAAGCGUCAACGUUUGCCGUUCUCUUCCUUUAACAACGAUCCAGAUCACAUAGAUAAACUAUUAAGUGAGAUUAAUCACCCGCCGCAUACCUCGUACAAAGUGUUCCGACCAUUUGGCUCAAAUGCCGUUGCCAUCGUGACCAUCAGCAACGUUCUAAAGGCGGCAAUUGUCUUCAAGGGUGUCCUCAUUGAGUGGGUGACCAUCAAGGGCUACGAUGAGACUCUGGAACACGAUGAUCUGUGGGCGGAGUCGCGCUACGAAGUGUUUCGUAAGGUGCAGGAGCAUGCCCAUUCAGCCAUGCUGCACUUCUUCUCACCUACAUUACCCGACUUGGCGGUGAAGAGCUAUGUGACUUGGCUAAACAGUCACAUAAAGCUAUUCCUGGAACCCUGCAAGCGAUGCAGCAAAUAUAUAGCCAACGGAUUGCCUCCCACGUGGCGCGAUCUGCGUACUCUCGAACCGUUCCAUGAGGAAUGCCGCAAUAGUUAGAGCUGCUAUUAAACACUCAUUUAUGAAUAUACUAUAUAUAACAUAUUAAUAAGCAUAACUUUUAUACUUCAUUUAUUUCAAAAAACAAAAAAA